AUGACCCAUAUAGACUCCAAAGAAUCACCUUUAUAUCAAGGUGAUCGUCUAACACCACACGACAGGCUUCAAAGACUCGUCGAACAAUCUAAAGCUAAAGCACAUUAUAUGGAGUUGCAAAUAUUACUCCAGAGCAAUACAACACUCUCCAUGAAUCCUGAUGUUGCACGUUUUCCCAUAGUUUACGAUGCAAGGUCGUUUUAUGUUGCAAUGGUUGGUUUAGGUACGUUUACCGGCGAACAAAAAACAUUCAUGAAUUAUUAUUUAAUGAUUGAUACAGGUAGUGAUCAGACAUGGUUUCAGUGUGAAGGUGCCGAUAAAACUUUCAAACAAGAUAUGCCACAUUAUCCUUCCAAAUUGUCAACUAUAUUUCGUAUUGUUUAUUGUAAUACGCACCCUCUUUGCAACGGAGAUAGGUGCACCAAAGAUGGUAUGUGCAUUUACGAAGCAAGGUAUGGGGGUGGAUCAGUUACAACUGGUGUUAUUGGUGAAGAAAAAUUCACUGUAGGCUCCGAUACUGGUGGAUUUGAAAGAAUCCAAUUACACAUGGGUUGUGGUCUUAUCCAACAGAAUUUCGAAAGAAGUUUGGGUGCUACUGGACAAGGAAAAUUUUCCUACUGUUUAGAGGCGUAUAACAAGAAAAUCGAAGGAUCGGAUAUAUAUUUAAGAUUUGGUACAGAUGCGACAAUCGGACAUGUAGGCCAAGAAGUACACAAAACUCCCAUUGUUGUUCCUAAGCUAUUUCAGACGCCACUCUAUUACUUAAAUCUAGAAGAUAUCAGUGUAGGUAAGACGAGAAUAGGAUUUCCAAGAGGUACUUUCGAGAUUAAAAGCCAAGUAAUUGGCGGUUGUGUCAUAGAUUCUGGUACUCCAAUAUCCAUAAUGUAUAGAGGUCAUUCUGAUAAAGUGGCAAAUUUGGUGAAGGCACAUUUUAACGAGCUCGGAGUUGAAUAUGUUGGAAAAUGA